AAAGCCUAUUAUUAACCAAGGUCUAGAGGAUUUGGGGAUAAAAGUGAGGUUUGGUUGCAGUGCUUGCAUCUCUAGUCAUGAACAACAAGGAAGAAGUGGGGGCUGUAUAAUGCAGCAUCAGGAAGGAACUGCUUAUGUAACUGGGACAGCAGAUGUAGCAGAAGGGGAGAGGAGGCAGAGGCUGGGGAUGGGAGCAGUGAGCUGUUGGCAGGGACAACACACCCAGGUGUCUGCUCCUCAUGAGCAGGGUGGUCACAUCCCAGGCCCCUGGUUCUGAGGCUGGAAGAGCCUCUGGUCAGGUCUGGGAGAACGGUGGGGACUGCGGGGGUGUCCAUGCCUGUGCUUGGAGCCAGCCCCACUACUUGUGAAGAAGCCUCUGUCGGAGUGGCCAGUGCCUCAGUUCAUCAACCUCUUUCUGCUGGAGUUUCCACCUAGGCCUCUUGGGCAUCAGCAGCUGAAGAUUUUAGGGCUUGUGGCUAAAGGCUCCUUGGGAACUGUCCUCAAGGUGCUAGAUUGUGGUCAGAAAGCAGUAUUUGCAGUGAAGGUGGUGCCCAAGGUAAAGGUCCUACAGAGGGACACCCUGAGGCAGUGCAAAGACGAGAUUAACAUCCAGCGACGGAUCAACCAUCCUUUUGUACACAGUCUGGGGGACAGCUGGCAGGGAAAACGGCACCUCUUCAUUAUGCGCAGCUACUGCAGUGCAGAUCUGCAGUCCCUGUGGUCCACUGUUGGCUGUUUUGCUGAGGCUUCCGUCCGCCUCUUUGCUGCUGAGCUGGUCCUGGUGCUGUGCUAUCUCCAUGACUUGGGCAUGAUCCAUCGAGAUGUGAAGAUGGAGAAUAUCCUUCUGGAUGAACGAGGCCACCUGAAACUGACAGACUUCGGUCUGUCCCGCCACCUGCCCCAGGGAGCUCAAGCCUAUACUAUCUGUGGCACUCUUCAGUACAUGGCCCCAGAGGUCCUGAGUGGAGGGCCUUACAACCAUGCUGAUGACUGGUGGUCCCUGGGUGUCUUGCUUUUUUCUCUAGCAACUGGAAAGUUCCCAGUGGCUGCAGAGAGAAAUCAUGUAGCCAUGUUGGCAAGUGUGACCCACUAUGACUCUGAGAUGCCAGCUUCUCUUAACCAGGGCCUUUCUCGCCUGCUUCAUGAGCUCUUAUGUCAGAAUCCUCUCCACCGUCUGCAUCAUUUGCAUCACUUCCAGGUCCACCCUUUCUUUCGGGGUGUGGCCUUUGACCCAGAGCUCCUACAGAAGCAGCCAGUGAACUUUGUCAUGGAGACACGAGCUACCCAGCCCAGUCCAUUGGAAUCCAUGCUCUUCAAGGACUUUGACUGUAACCUGGAGUCCUACCUGGGCCACCCUGGCCUUGCUUGAGCCACUCUACUGUAGGAAUCUGAGGAUCUCUUCCACUGCCAACCCAGUAUGACUACCUUGAUGAUGCAGUUUGUUAUUACUUUAUAGCCUGUUACCAUUGAAAGAAUGUAUCCUUAAUCCUUUUGGCUA